AGUUUGUGUUCUGGCUCACAUUUCAGUUCGUUUAAAACAUGAGCGCUCCUCGAAUGAUAUUCAAUAAUGGUCUGAGCAUUGAGCCACGAAGCACACAACGAGUGAAUUAAAUAAAACGUAGUAAAAGUAACAAAAAUUGAGUUGAUUUGUUAAAUCAAAUUGAACAUAUUAAAAAGAUUCUUUGCAUCUGUUUGUGUCUAAAGUGAAAAAGUCCUCAGCAUGUUUCGACUGCUAUUGGUUGUUGCUGCCGUCUGCUGUGCGCAGACUCACAGCGUUGUGACGUCACAGCAUCCACGAUUAUUGCAGGCUUUGGGGGAUGUUGCAAAAGCGCUGCAAGCAGAGCCACAGCAGAGCCUUGAGGAAGCAGCGCGUACGUCGCCGUCGCCAGCUCUGACGUCCGUUAGCGUAGUUCAGGAUUGGAGUUUGGUGUGUAAAGAGCUCUGCGGGGCUGGCCUCGGCGUAGCGCCAUGUGCGAAUUACUGCGCCACGUCUGGCGUCGAGAUGUCCACGAUCCUGGGCACAUAUUUUGAUUUGGCUAAAUGCGAGCAACUGCAAGGAUCGCAAACGGACCCCAAGUGUAAUACGGUUGAAUCAGUUAAGAAGUACGGCUCUCGACUCUGUUCGAGUUAUUGCCAUCAACGUCAACGCACGAUAUCCGGUUGCAGUCCUUGCCAGUUGUUGGGUGUUUUGGAUGAGGUCAGUAAAGAGCAGGGUGUGACUACACAUGGUUCCGGUGAAGGUGAUGCCAGGCAGGCUGUGCAAGUAGCCAAGGGCAUGGAGCAGGCCAGUGAAGCCGAUACGGAUACGCCGGACUGGGACGAAAUGUGCAAGACACUCUGCAAAACUGGCGAUGGCGGGUCCUUGUGCAACUGUGAUUUAUCGCCGUUUCUCAUCUGAGCUCAAUGCUCGGCUGAAGGUACAUAAAUCACAACAAAUUAUAUAUGCAACUAUAUUUUGUUGUUGUUUUCCCUUAUUUGUAUACUAAAUAUAUACACAUAUAUAUUUUUGAUUUGGUGUCGCAUUCUGCGAAUAA